CUUGAUGCAUAUUGAAAAAGAUUUAUGUUGAGUUAAUAGUUUCAACGAGAAAGUCUUUGUAUUUCUUCUACACAGUAUGCCAGUAGCUUCAUUAAAACCCAACCAAGUUGCUUCAAACGACAAUAUGGACAAUGCUAAAACUUUGAUCGCGAUUAUCGACAAGAAAGUUAGAAAUCUUGAGAAGAGAAAGGGUAAAUUAGACUCUUACAAACAACUAGUUGCUGAUGGUAAAGAGUUGAAUGAUGACCAACAGGCGGCCAUUCAAAAUCUUGAUUCUGUUGAGUUAAAUCUCGAAUUUGCUAAAGACUUACAAAAACAAUUCAAUCAGUUUGCAUCCGAGCAAGCAAAACUCCAAAAGAAGCAAGCAAAAAAAGAAGAAGCACAGCGACUUGCUUACCGUCGUGACGCUGAUCUCAGUAUUAUAAAAAAUGUACUGGACUUACAGAAUUUGUUGAAUCAACUUGAUGAUGCCAGAGAGGAUUUUGUAAAAGGCACAAAUGGUGCUUUGGCAUUAGGUGAAGAGGUGAUGACACAGAUUGAUGAACUUUAUCAAGCCAUCACUCCAGGUGAAGAGAAAGAGAUAUCAGUGGAUGAACAGCUGACUGUUGCAAGUCAACAUCUCGUGGAAUAUUUCUCUUCUUCAUUGAAGGAAUUUCAUGGUACAACUUAUAAAAGUUUAUUUGAAGCGAUAACGAGUAUCAAGGAUUCUGGAUAUUUUACCAAAAAGGAUGAGGAACCUGAGGAACCUGAAGGAGAAGUAGGGUAUAUCAAAGAGGAGGAUAAUGAAGGAUCUAAAGAGUCUAAUGAGGAUGCGGAAUUCGAGGAAGAAGUAUCUCCUGAUGUUGUUGAAAGUGUUGAACCUGUGGAGCCGGAAGUACCAAAUGGUGAACAGACCACGACGACCGUUGAAGAAGACGAUCCCACACCUCAAGAUGACGUCACUGCCAAUGAGCAUGGUUUGAAUUUUUUGGGAGAGUCUGAAGUCAGUUCCAAAUCCCGUAUCCACGCCGAUGCGCCUCCUUUUGUUCCGUCUCAAGCUCAUGUCCCUCAACAACCGCAGACGACCACAUUUGAUCCCGAGUUUGCUCCAAGCGAUUCAAAUGCAGGCUGGGACGAACCUUCUUACGAAACUUCGGAACCGUAUCAGUCUCCUGAGGAAAAUAUACAGCGCAACGAUGGAUUCCGUGGCGGUCGAGGUCGUGGGGGAUUCCGAGGACGUGGCGGUGGACCACGAGGUGGCAAUCGUGGUAACUUUGGUGGUGGUAAUUAUGGUGGAGGAUAUAGUCGUGGUGGUAACCAACGUGGUGGUGGUGGUAGUGGUGGAUAUCGUGGAGGUAACAGGGGUGGUCAACGUGGCAACUACCGGGGUAAUAGAGGACAGCGUGGUGGUAACCGUGGAGGAUAUCAAGCUCGAGAUUAACUAAAAUCAUCUUUUGGUGUAUGAUUUCUAGUUCAAAAUUGUUUGGCCACUUGAAAGUUUUUAAUGAAGCUACUGACAUUGUGUAUGAAGAAUGACCGCUAAUAGACACUUCAAUUGACGAUAUCGUGUGGAAGUUGAUUUCUUCAUGGUUGUUUUGUAACAUCUCAUUUGUUUCUGUAAAAUUCUAGUUAUGAAGCGUGAAAUACCACAAGGGAUGUUUGGUUAUGUAACUUCGUCUGUUAGAACAUUUCCUGUUACUAAUUACCAUUCACUUGCUUUUUUCCAAUUGGUUAAAGUACUUGAAUAUGGUUAAGUAUCUAUCUUAGUGCGUUCAUGAAUAGUUAAAUCUCCAAUUUUGUAAAAUUGUUAGUUUGUGUUAUAUCAUAAUCUUAGUUUUGUUGUUCUCCUAUCGUGUAAAGUUAUUUUGAAAGUACAAAAAUUCACAUUUGUUGAUUUUCA